CGCGCGGUCACGAGUCAUCGAGCUGCUAUCUUAGAGCUGCGUCGCCGCGACCCAGUACUCGCUUAACAAUGGACUGGACACAGUGCCUAGUACUACUAUAUUGUUUUUGUCACGGAGCGAUAUCAACAGAACCGCCAUGCGUGAUCGAGCUGCAGUGCGCGGAGUGCGUGCCCGACAACAUGCCGCUGGUGACGUCACAGCGCGCGGCGCACGGCGACGAGGUGGCGCUGUCGUGCGGCGCCGGCCGCCUGCUGGCCUUCCCGCUGGCCGCCGGCGUGCUGGCGCGCUGCGAGGCCGGCCGCUACCGCGUGCCGCUCGACGGCUCGCUGCGCCACCUGCUCGAGCUCGGCUGCCAGGAGAACGUCUUCGAGGACGUCCUGCACGCGGUCGAGUAUUGCUCUCCGCCGCUGAGGGGACGCGUCUACCAACUCCAGGAAGAAAAUUCUAACAUUCGGCACAUGGCAACGCUGUGCUUCGACGAGGACCGCGGCAUCGCGACGUUCGCCCGCGUCAGCAACGCCCCCGCCAACGCGCUGCGCCUGCCGCCGCACUCCGAGCAGCGAGCUCCGCUCUCGCUCUUCGGCAACUUCAAUGACAUGUUCGAUUCCAACACCAGGAGCAUCGCCGAGAAGCUGUACUCGGACGACGACAGGAUGAACAGACGCCUCCGCGAGCUGUUCAAGCACGAGAAGUUCUCCUUCGCGGGGCAGAACCUCACCGCGGCCGGCCUGCUGAGCGCGCACUACUUCGACGACCAGAACAUGCGAGUCGCAGACUUCGUGUCGAACAAGGUGGCGGUGUGGGCGAGCGUCGCGACGGGCAACCUCGAGCACAUGCAGCGCGACGUGGCCAAGUUCGCGAAGAUGACGCGGCCGCACGCGACCAUAGACGUGUACGCGGGCACGCACGGCGCCAUGUCGCUGCGGACGGGGCACUCGCGAAAGGAAAUCUUCCUGCGGGCCUCGCGGUUCCCCGUGCCGCAGUACAUCUGGACGGUCGUGCACGACAAGCUGGGCAAGCGCGCGCUGGCCGUGGCCGUGCUCAACGACCCCUUCGUGGCCGUGAGCGAGAUCCGCGAGGCCGUGUUCUGCGAGAGCGCGUGCGCGCACGUGUCGUGGCUGGCGGCGCUGCGGCGCCACCGCAACUACGAGAGCCCGCUGUACGGGCUGGCCUUCUGCUGCGGCGUGCACGACUUCGCGCGCGUCGUGGCCGAGCUGCCGGCCGCGCUGCUGGCCGACGUGCCGCCCGGCCGCGCGGGCUUGCUGACGGACUUGUAGUGGUGAUGUCAUGUCGCAAAUAAAACGCAAAUAAAACGUAGGAUGUGAAAUACAUUUUUUAUUUAAAAAACAUUAUAUCAUUCAUUGUUGUGGAUUCCCUCAAUCCUUUUCCGCUAUGGCAGUUAGGUGCCUGUCGAUUUCACUUUCUGGCAAUACUCUAAAAAACAAAAGAAAACCUUAUAAAUUCGAGCAAACUUAUGCAUCCACGGUUUAGUUUGACUGAUAAUAAUUAAUUUUAUUUUUAUAUGUAAACAUAGAAUCAAUUUAAAUGAAUAACAGUAAAAAUGCUAUUAAAUAAAAUCAUGGUAAUUGAUAAAAAAAACAAUACCUGAA